AUGGGAAACAUUCUGCUGAAUCUUGAUCUGCUGCUGAGUCGCAAUGGGUUUCCAUUCUCGGGCCAGCUCCAAAACAACCGCAUCGCUCGGCGCAACACGCCGUCUGGAGCUCAUGACCUUAUCCUGCAACCAGACACGCCCGAGAGUGCGCGCGACGGGAAGCUUUGGAUUGUGGACAGAAUAAUGGAGCCGCAAACAAUCCCCCAUUUUCUCGAGUCCAUGACGUUUGGAAUUCUUUCCGAUGGUUCCAAGUCAGCCUUUCCGCCACUCUCCGAGGAGGUUGUUGUGCUGAUGCAGCAGCCCAUGGCAACCUGGGCGCCGGCUCCAUAUGACGCCAGCCAUGAUAUUCUUAUACAGCAACUCAUGAUUCGCAUUGGCUCUCAUGAGGAUGGAUCGCGUUUGGUGCCCAUAGAAAAGGGGCUUCACGCAAUGAAGUCGCGGAUAUGGGAAGGCAUCAUGCCCCUUUCUGAGAGGCGCUGGAAAGACCUUUCCCUCGACUCUCCGCAAAACUUCCACGCGGCCUGCCAGUAUAUUGCCGGUGUGACAAACGUGUUUCACUAUCUGAAUCUUCCCCCGAUCAAGGCUGCUCUUCGAGAGACUUAUAACCUAAUGUGGGGACAUUUACGCCAUUUCGAAGAUGCGCUCAAUGCCAAGAAUAGGCUGGAGCAGAAACCAGAGGUUCAAAUUGCGGCAAGAUGGCAUGAGUAUAUCAAGGCCCACUUCAACUCUGUCUCUCUACACGCCCACCGCUGGGUUAUAGACAGCGUUGAUCGUCUCCGCCGCCCUAUCCUUAAAGAGCUCGAGACAAAUACCUCGUCAACUGGGCUUGGGCCUGACCCGCAGCAGUGGGAUUUGACAAACAAGCUUCAUGAUCUGUUGGAAAAUGCAGCCCAAGCUGAUUCAGGCAUCUUUCUGCCGAUGGAUGGAUAUGAAGGAGAAAGCCUUCGUUCGCAGGACGAUGCGCCGCCACGCCCUGGUGCCAACGAGCCGUAUCGCACGGAACCCAUCACCUUCUCGGCGAACACGCACGCUAGGAAGGGCGAUUACUACUUGAGACUAAAAUAUCUUUCACGGACUGAGCUGUGGCUCGGCCACGAACGUCCAACCGAUCAACCCCCUGAGCCCGGCCUGCCAACUGGCUUUGAUCUGAUGUCAAAUACUGCACAGAGUGCUUAUAGCCAAGUCACAGCUCAAGAGAAGACAAGAUUAGAACUUCGAGGACCGCCAGUACCUUUGGGGUGUCCACUCUGGGUGGAAAUGGCGAACCGAUAUCUCAGUACGCCGAAUAACUUUGAAUGGGGCUUCGUGGCGUACCGCCUUUCCCACGAUCACACGGAUGAAGAGUGGGAGCUGUUCAAGACCAAAUUCGAGGCUGAUGUGGAGAAUUGGGGCCAUGAGCUGAAUGGAAUCGACAAUAUUAGAGGACGUUCGGUGGUCCAUUGGCUAGAUGCUAAGGAUUUGGACGUCGCUGAUGACGAUGUUGAUGCCCUUAGAACUAAAUUCCAAGAGUUCCGUGAAUCAGCAGACUUCCCAUCUGGUGUCCUCAGUGAUAUCCUCCUUGGUGCAGACAAGGGCGUCAUCGACUCCUAUCUCCACCCAACACCGGAACAGGGCGGAUUCGUCAUGGCCAUUGAUGCUGAUUUCGAUCCCAAUGAAGUUGAUGAUGAGCGUUCAGAGGAGUCGCCGGGCUAUAGUGGUGUCGUGCGUGUGCUUGGAAGCAUUCUCUGGGACGAUCUUGGCGCUCUUGUCAAGACGCAGACGCAGCAUUUGUUCGACGUGUGGCCGCUUGCGAUGAAUCACCCGCAUAACGUGUAUGAAGGGCCGCUUGGUGAGAUUCAGUAA